AUGGGCCCAUCUAUGGCAUAUCAUCGCGAAACAAGACAAGGAGCAUCCAAAGUUAACCAAGUCUUAAGAAAAACCAUGAAAUCAUAUGGAGAUCUGAAGAAACAGUCUCAGAUACAGGGAGGGACUCUAAAUGCAGCCAAAAAAAUAAAUGAUAUAGGAAAAUUGAAGGGAAAAAAAUCGAUUAUAUCUACACGACCACAAGCAUUAAAAGGAAUGAGAAGUCACCGAUCAUCAGUACCAUUUAUAAAUGAAAUACCAGUAUUAAAACAACAGAAACUUUGUGUAUAUGUAUUUGGAACAGGCUCUAUGAGUGAACUAGGGUUAGGACCAGAACCUACAGGACGAGUUGUUAAACGCCCGAGACUCAAUCCACUUUUGCCGUAUGAUACAAUAGGGAUUGUGGAUGUAGCAGUAGGGGGUAUGCACACAGCAGCCAUUGAUUAUGAAGGAAACGUAUAUACGUGGGGAGUAAAUGAUCAAGGAGCUCUUGGAAGAGACACGACAUGGGAUGUUAAUAGAGCAGAUCUGGAUAGUGAUGAUGAACAAAUGUUAAAUCCAAAAGACAGUGUACCAGGCAAAGUUGAAGGCAUGCCUGAUGGUGUCAAAGUAGUAAAAAUGGCAUGUGGAGAUAGUAUCAGUGUAGCAAUCACUGAUAAGGGUCAGGUAUACGCAUGGGGAUCAUUCAGAUGUUCAGAUGGAAUUCUUGGGUUUUCUCCUCAGAUUAAAAUUGCUCGUCAACCGGUUCAUCUAAAAGAACUUAAUAACAUAGUUUCUGUUGUAUGUGGUACAGAUCAUGUGCUUGCACUUACAGCGUAUGGAUCAGUAUUUUCAUGGGGAAAUGGUCAGCAAUUUCAAUUGGGACAUCGUGUUGUAGAGCGCACUCGUCUUAAUGCACUUGUACCCCGAGAAUUUGGACUUAAAAAAAUAAAAGCCAUAGGUGCAGGUUCUUAUCAUUCUUUUGCCAUUAGUCAUGACGGAAGGGUUUUUUCAUGGGGCUUGAAUCAAUUUGGACAGUGCGGUAUUGAAAGUUCAGGUGGUGAAGACGGUGCUGUUGUAUCUAGCCCAACACAUGUCCAAAGUCUUGAUCCUUAUAACAUUGUAUGUAUUACGGGUGGUGAACAUCAUUCUGCAGCGUUAACGCAAGAGGGAGAACUACUUGUAUGGGGAAGGCUUGAUGCAAACCAGCUUGGAAUUCCACGCACAUAUCUACCUCAAUACACUAUCUACGAUGCAUCAAACAGACCAAGGUUCGUACCUAUUCCAACAAAAGUACCAGGAAUUCCAAUUAUUAGCCAAAUAUACUGUGGAACACAUCAUAAUCUUGCUAUUACUAAAGAUGAUGGAAGUGUAUGGAGCUGGGGUUUCGGAGAAAGUUAUCAAGUUGGACAGGGUCCAUCCGGUAAUGAUGUUGAAGUCCCUACAAAAAUCGAUAAUACAGCCAUACGUGGUAAAGUAAUAGUUGCUGGCGGUGCUGGCGGUCAAUUUAGUGUUCUUUUGGGUAUACCUUCUGUUGAAUCAUAA